AUGUCCUCAACCCUCCGACACCGAAAGACCUCCUCGGAACCAAACCAACCUUCAAUAUCCCAUAAUCAUCAAAAUCACAAUCACAAUCACAAACAUCCACAAGAACCCAGCUUAAUGGAACAAUCCAGUUCUAAUAUCAGACAGGUUCAAGUGACGGCAUUGUCUCUCACAUCCCUCCUAACCACCUUAACCACAACAGAGGGUAUAACAACCACUGCCAGAAAGUUAUACACAUACCCUACAAAACGAUUAUCCUCAUCAGAUCUAUUCCGAAGAUCCAGAUCCGACGUCGAGGACGUAGUUAUCUCCUCGUCAUCAAAUUCGGGUGCAAUAACCCCUCCUCCGGAUUAUGAAGAAGAAUCAUUAGCACUUACAACCCAGUCCCCUUCUCCUUCUUCUUCUUCAUCAUCAACAGCAAUUUCUUUACAAAACAUCAUUACUACCACCCAAAAACCCGAAGACCCAUCGUUAGUUUCUGCCAAAUUCGCAAUGCAGGGUCAUAACCUCCUCUCCCUCUCCCUCGCCGAACCCGCAAAUUCAAGUUUUCGAAGACAUUUAUACCUCGAUUCGUUAACCUACCUCCUCCGAGCCCUCCCGUCUGAUCUAUCACCUUCGGAAACUACACAAUUGAUUUCUUCGUUGCCACCGGCGGUGGUAGAGUCUUUGGAACCAGUUACUACAGAAGGAGGGAUACCGCAAAAGAGGGUUUAUGAACAUCCGACGAUACAUUAUUUUCUCCUGGUACUCACGGCUACAACGGUUUCAUCGAUUAGAAACCUAACACCGCAUUUAAAAUCACUGGCACAGUCGACGUGGGAGUAUAACCUCAGAUAUAGAGUUGCGGAACGAGGGUACGAUAGAGUUAGAAAGACGGUGGAUGGUGGAUUUGCAUUUUGGAAGGCGGUGGCGGAGUGGGUUAUGUUUGAUGCGGAGGAUGAUCGUUCUAUAAGAGAGAAUGAAGGGAUGGUGAUGGUUAAUAAUGGGAGGAAGUUGAGGUAUGGUGGAGGGGUGGUGAGAGAUGUUGGGAAGUAUGCGGGAGGGGUUAUUAGGAGUGGAGUUGGGGGGAUGGUGGAGGGGUUUGUGGAGGGGAUGAAGUGA